UCGCGGUACUGGUGCACGAAGAUGGCGGCCGAACUGGUGGAAGCGAUGAACAUGGUCAAAAGUUUCCGGGUCUCAGACCUGCAGACGCUGCUGGCCUCAAUGGGCCGCAGCAAAAGUGGGUUGAAACAGGACCUGGUGGGGCGUGCGCUGAGACUAGUGCAGACUGAAUACAGUCCAGAGCUUCUGAAGAAUGUCAGGCAGCUCUACGAGUCGCGCUUCCCCAAAACAUCUGGCUGGCUUGCAGCGCGGCGUCCAGAAGGCGUCCCAGUUGCCUACUCAUCCCUCAGCUCCUCCCCCACUGCCACCUCUCAGGGCGCAGACUACCUCAACGGCAUUUCCAAACCGAUCCACACACCUGCAGCAGAGGUCAAGCUGGUGUCACUGCCCUUCUACCAAACUUUGGAGACACUGUUGCCACCAACAGAGCUAAUUCCCCAGAACAAUGAGAAACUGCAGGACAGUCAAUGCAUAUUUGAGUUAACACCGAACCAAGCAGACCAGAUCAGAAAUGCAGGUGAGCUUCGUCCAGGAAUCAGAUCAAUCCAAGUGGUUCUUAGAAUCUGUUACACAGACUCCAUCGGUAUCCAGGAGGACCAGUAUCCUCCCAACAUUGCGGUCAAAGUCAACCAGUCCUACUGUCAUGUGCCGGGCUAUUACCCCUCUAAUAAGCCUGGUGUUGAGCCCCGUCGUCCUUGUCGUCCUGUAAACAUCACUCCCUGGUUGCAUCUCUCCAAUGUCACCAACAGAGUCACCAUCACUUGGGGAAACUUCGGCAAGCGGUACUCGGUGGCGGUGUAUUUAGUGAGGGUUUUCUCUGCAGCGGACCUCUUCAGUCAACUCAAACUCUGCUCUGUUGAGAGUGCAGAACGCUGUCGUGAACGCAUCCAGGACAAACUACGUUUUGACCCAGAGAGUGAAAUUGCGACCACAGGCCUCCGGGUUUCACUCAUCUGUCCACUGGUGAAGAUGCGACUUGGCGUGCCAUGUCGAGUUUUAACUUGUGCCCAUCUCCAGUGUUUCGACGCGGUCUUCUUCCUGCAGAUGAAUGAGAAGAAGCCCACGUGGACUUGUCCCGUCUGUGACAAGCCCGCUCCCUUUGAGCUGCUCGCUAUUGAUGGGCUGCUAUCUGAGAUCCUGAAAGAGACGAGUGAGGACAUCGAGGAGAUCGAGUACUUAACCGACGGCUCUUGGCGACCCAUCAGAGAUGAGAAGGAGAGGGACAGAGAAAGAGAACGCAGCAGCACACCAGAAUAUCCUGUUGUUGAUAUAUGCAUUCCUGAGGCAAACGGUCAUUCUCCGGCCCACAGCAGCACCAGUUUGACGGGCAAAUCCGGAAGCGGUUCGGUGGGGGCGGCAGGAGUCACAGGAGCAGCUGCUGCGGCGCCGGGAGGAGGCGCAGUGGUUGAUCUGACUCUUGACUCCUCCUCUGAGGAGGAAGGGGGCGGGGCAGGAGGAGACAGUGAGGACACAGAGGACAGCGCCGACAGUCCUACCCCAAAGAGGGGCCGAUACAACUACGACAAGGACCUGGUCACUGCCUACUGACCCCACAGCUCUGUCCCCUCAUAGACUGACACACACACAGAGACAGAGAGGCAGGGGGCUCAAAGGACAGGAACACAGUAAUCCACUAGAUGCAACGACCCCCUCUUAUGCCCAUACAGAGGCCAGAGCCCUUUUAGCAGCUCUGGUUUAUAUCCAGUCAAAACAAACACACACUCAGACAUGCACUGUCAAUGAAUCUUCAAUCUAGAGUGAUUAGGAUUCCUCUUUGUACUGUACACCACUGGAAGCAACUCUUUAACUGUUUUUGGCCAACCGUCACCUUGCAGUGAAUAUCUGUACCGUCCCGCCUCGACUCGAGACCGAAUGGAUCGUGCACCCCACCACCACCCCUCUUCCUCCUCUUUUCUCCAGACUAUUUCCUCUCUACCGCCUAAUCUCUCUUUAUAUUUGACUUGGAACUGCAGGCUCUUUUAGCCGUGGGCGUUCGAUGUGUGCAUCUCUGAUUUUUGUCACUUUUGUGAUGAACAGGCAAGUUAAAAAAAAAAAUAACGGAGGCUCCUCGGUAGUUUUUGGUAAAAAAGGUCAAAAACAACUAAUGGAAAAGAGCAUGAAAAAUUUAAGGCAAAGCUAUCUGGAGUGUGAUGCAAAUUUAAACCCGUUGUGUUUAUUUCUUUGUUCAGAGAAUGAAUUCAAAGCUUGAAAGGGUUUUUUCAGGAAUUUAUCCUUUUUAAUUAUGAAAGAGCAAAACACAAUACUGGCCUCAAUGUGUGAUGCUUUCCAUUUUUAUUUUGUCCUUAGCUAAAGAGAACCUACCUCAGUCAUAAAAACUUAACAGACUGACCAGAGAGUAGCUUAGAGAGAGGCAGAGGACGGAAGAAUUGACGAGUCUUUCUGAAACCAAUUUUACACUGGAGAUUUUGUUUUUCCUGCAUCUUUCUUUAAUUUUUUUUUUAAUUAUUAUUCCAUCGUUCCAUGCAGCUCUGUUCCCUCUGCAGCAGCACAAUAUUGUUGAAGGGCGAGAUAGUUUGUGCAUAGCCAAUCUAACUGUAGGUGUCAGUGGUGCAAAAAGUUGUGGGUGGAUCUGUGCCACGCAGUAACUCAUAACUACUGCAGUUACUGCGCUGUGACAGGAAAUAUUGGGCGUGAUAUAUCAGCAUUGCAUAUUGACAAAUUUCAUCAAAAUGACUGUGUGGCAGCUGUGCCAAAGCAGAUCUGUUUUAAGAAUUCACUGACAGGAAAGCGUUGUGAGAUUUUGGUGCCUUUUUUUUUUUUUUGGGUUGAGUGAUGAAGUUUUGAUCCUGUUGUUUUAAGGCUAGCUGAGCUGGCCAGCAAGAUGAGACCCCAGUCUGAGAGCAGGUGUUUUAUUUCUUUGAGGAUUUCUUUAGAUGUAGGAGAAUGGGCAGAACAGAGAAAUGUCAUACAAUCUGUGUUAAAGGACGGUUAUUAGAAUAUAGAAAUCAGAAGUGCUGUCAUCCCCCCUCACACACACACACACACACACACAGCCAUUUUGAUGUCCUUCUCUGAAAGUAUAUUUAUUUAAGUGCUUCACAAUUUCUUGUUCUGCACAGUUUGCAGAAAGCGGGACACCUCUGCUGCUGUAGUUUGAGUGUUGAGUUAUAAUUGGUCCGGGCUAAUGGCUGUGCUGUUGUUGAACACUCCUUUUCUUUCCCUCUGAAUGAAUCCAACCUGGGUCAAAGCGCCAUUCAGAGUACUUUGCUACGGCGGGUUCAACGCGUCUGACGCAACGAAACUUAAUGAAGUGUCAAUAAGUGCAACCCCACCACGCUUAAAGUCAUUGAUUGGAUUACAAAUGGUCUUGUCUGGAACAAGUGGAGCUGCUUCAACCAACAAUCCCCUCGGCCUCCUUUCAAUGUAGAUAAGGUCACAUCUAUUUGCUGGAAUAGAAUUGGACUUUAAUUGCUACAUGCUGUAGGCUUACAACUAAUAUUCCUCUGCACCUGCACUAGUGUUGUCAGUAUGUGACGGCUUGCUCCUCAGAAGGAUAACGGGCUGCAUGAGCAGGCUUUAGGUUUCGUCUGCAGGAAGGUCAUCCGUGUUUGCUUGAAGGAGAGAAAAGAUGUUGCUAGAGCUGUUUGCACUUUCAUCUGACACUUCAUCCCAAGUUUAAGGCUUAUUUAUUUCAAAGCCAUCAUGUAGUGACUAUUAAUUAAGACCCCUGAUCAUUGUGAUCAGUUCUCAGAAUCAGAAAAUGUGAAACUAGAAAAAGUGACUGGGAUGAGCUCUGCAUUGUAUGUUUCCCUCUCUCAUCAUCCCUUUUUUGUUACCGUUCGAUUAGCCAGAAUCUAUUUUUAUUUUGCCUUGUUCAUAAGCACAGAGAAAUUACAUUUACACAUCGAUCCAGCGACUCACUGUUGCAAUCCUCCGAUAAGGCUGAUUAUUGAAAAUGAUAGGUUAAAGUUAAAUCUGGUCUUCCAUGUUCUCCUUGUUUUGACACGUUGACAUAGUUUACAGAAUCAAUAUACUGUUGAAAAAUGUUUGAUAAUCCACACGAAAUUGAUUGAUGGCACUCAGUCUGUCCCUGCAAUGGAUAUUCUAUAUAAGGCGCUUUGAAGCAAAAAUAAUGUAAAGAACUCUAAUACCUGUCUUUAACUAGGCAAUUUGUAUUUGUAAGUAACUGGUAUACAUAUUAAAAAGACAUUUGUUGAUAGGUAUAGAAGGUCAUUUAUUGAACGGAUCCCCUAAACUUUUUCUUUGCCUUCUGGUUAAAGAUAAGAGGCGGUGCAGGUUGCUUCUG